AAGUUAUUAGGAAUAACAGUUUACCUACCUCAGCCCAACUCUACCCUUAUAAAACCCUAAUCAGCCUCCACAGUCACCUCCACCUUCCAAACCCUAAUGUUCCAACUUCCACCCUCAUCCUCCUCUACAUUCCCACAAAUGGCUCUCAACCAAUCCCAACUCACCCUCGUCUCCUUCCUCAUCUCCACCCUCCUCGCCGCUACCGCCGCACAGUCAUCAAACUCCUGCAAUUCAGCUCUCGCAAGCCUGUCGCCCUGUCUGAACUACAUCACAGGCAGGGCAACAACGCCACCGAGCUCGUGUUGCUCCCAACUCCGCUCAUUGGUCAAUUCGGAACCUCAAUGCCUCUGCACGCUGCUCAACGGAGACGCCGGUUCGGCGUUUGGUAUCUCCAUUAACAAGACUCAAGCGCUCGCACUGCCCGGCGCCUGCAACGUUCAGACGCCGCCGAUCGACCAAUGCAGUACAUCUUCGUCGGCACCGUCCAGCGGUUCUCCAUUGUCUCCGGACAGUCCUUCGGGCGGUGGAUCGAACGAUGUUCCAUCAGUGGGCACAAGUGCAGCAAAUGGAAGCACAAUUGAAAUUUCUAUCAAGCUUGUUCUCAGUUUGAUUUUUGUGAUUGUGUUUUCUUCUGCUUCAGCUUUCAGUGUAUAAGAUUUCUGGAGUUGAUGUUGGUUUUUGGGAUGAUUAGUAUUAUUUUUCAGGGUUGUUGCUGCAUUACCGUUAUAUGAGUAAUUAUGUUGAAUACACAGAUUUGUAUUGGUUAGUUCUGUUGGUGAAGGAUAUGUAGUCAUUAAUCUACUAAA